AUAAAUAAAACAAGCACGAUUAAUAAAAUAAAAUAAAUAAUAUAGAAAAAGUUAAAUUCAUACGGAUGGCAGGAACGUACUAUUUUGUUAUUGUGGGUCAUUCCGAUAAUCCAAUUUUCGAAAUGGAUUUCAUACCCAUUACCAAAGAAGUAAAGAAAGAAGACAACAGGCAUCUCAACCAAUUCAUAGCGCACGCGGCGCUCGACCUGGUGGAUGAGCAUAUGUGGAAAGUUACCAACACGUAUCUUAAGUCAGUGGAUAAGUUCAAUCAGUGGUUUGUGUCUGCUUUUGUAACAGCUAGCCAGAUGAGGUUUGUGAUGGUGCAUGAUGCCCGUAAUGAAGAUGGUAUCAAAAAUUUCUUCAAUGAUGUUUACGAAGCAUACAUCAAGCUUAUGCUGAAUCCCUUCUACAAAGAAGACACACCAAUAACAUUCCCCGCUUUCGAGAAGAAAGUACAAUUUCUCGGAAAGAAAUAUUUAACAUAAUGUAACUAAGAUCUUUAUUUAUA